AAUACCUAUAAAAUAUUACUCAUUGCAAUUUCACAACUUCGCUAAUUUUCAAAAAUUGCAUUUUUAUAAUUAUACUUACAUUAAUUUGUAGCAAGAUUGUUCUUGUAGCUCAUCAAAGUUUAUAGUUCAAGGACAGGGAAGUGUUAUCUGAGUUUUCUGUGUUAUCGUUUUCAUAAUAAAUUGGUAAUAAUAUAACCAAGUAUGAUAUAAAACACGACAUUUUUGGCAUUAGUUUAUGUUAUAGCAUAAAGUACUACUUAAAUAUGUUAAUUCGCAUUGGCCUCAUAUUGUUUAUACUUACUUGCGUCCAAACGACAGAAGAUGAAGGUGAAUAUUAUAAUGGAAUCGGUGAAAUAUACAGAUCCCAGAUCAUUAACGCUAUACGGAAGCGUCAAGCAGAUUUAUCAGAGCAGAAGCUACAAGGUGGCGAGGUCAAAACUGAACCACUGAAUACAGACAAAGUGAAUGACAGUGCCAAUAAAAUACCUGCAAAAGCUAGUUCUAAUGAGGAAACACCAAAAUCGGAACUAGUAGUUGGAGAAAGUGAAGGAGGGGCAGUGAAAGAAGAUAAUUCAAAAUCAGAAGCACUCGUGCCACAGCCUAGUGAGGGACAUGAUGAAAAAAAUACAAAAACUGAGCUUCUUAAGGGUAAUGCUACAGUAGCAGCUCAUUUGCCAAUAUUAGCACCACAUGUGACAAAUUCUACAGCUGUAAAAUCCAAUGGAACAUUGAAUACGUCCGAGGAUCUAACAUCUGAAAGCUUGGUCAACAAGCCAGGUGUUGUGAAAAGAGGUCUUAUAGUUUUCGGAGGCUUUUCUCUUCUUGCUGCAGCCUAUUUCGUGUUUUACAGGAAAAAGAGCAAAAGUUAUGAUUCAAACACACACAGCAACAACGACACAAAUCAGUUCCGGUAUGGUGUAUUACAGUCGGACGAUAGGCGGGACAACCUGGAACUCUCACAGAUACCGUUGACGAUGGAAUCUGACGAUGAGGAGGAAGAUUUGGAAAUAUUUGACCUUGAACAGAAGAAAAAGUCCUUGUCAUAUGUGAAUCUACAAGUCAACGAUGAGGAUAUCGUCCUUAACGGAACAAAGGAUGAGUCCAAAAACAAUCUGCUGCUAGAUAUUGAGGAUGGGUCGUCUGAUACAUUAAUCAAUUGGUCGAGUAACGGUAACAAGUCGAUAUUAUAAUAAAAAAAAAAUUACAAAACAUUGAAUUCAGGUCUGGUUUUUACAUACACAUAUUAAUAUAUAAUUUAAUGUACACAAGAAAUGUGAUUAGAAAUAAUUUUUGUACCGUUUUUUUGUUAGAUACUAAUGUGGUACAGAUUUAUGCUGAUGAAGACGAGUCUAUGUACUGGUCGUUCAUUAACUUACAAGGUUAUUUCAAACAUGACAAUUAUAACAUUUCCUAUGUAUGUAUGUCUGUCUUAAGCGCCCGCAUAUAGCAUUACUAAACAAAAUAUUCACUUCUGCUCAUUAUUCCAAAUUAUUGCAUUUAUUUAUUUAAAAGUAUACAAAAAUUAUUUAUAAGAUUAAUAAUUAAAAACAAUAGUAAUAAAUACAUUACUUGUAUAUUGUAUAUUAAUGAAAGGCUUGACGGAAGCGUCAUUAGUGUAUACAUUUUUAAGGCUAAGGAUAUUUCAAGUUAGGUUAAAAUUUUUUGUUAACAAUCUAAUUUCGACAUAUUUGCAGCGCUUGAUCUUUCUAUUUUAAAUUAACUUACUUACAAUUAUCUCUCAGAUACCAGCUGUUAUGCUUUUUUGUAUUGAGAUGCGAGUUUCUGUAACGCUCAUGAUAUAGACAGGGAUCGAAAUAUAUUUCUAUCUCUUUCAUGCAUUCCUCAUAAUUGAAUUUUAACAUUUGUCAAGAUUUUCUAUGUAAUAUUGUUAUUUUUUAAUUCCUGUCUGUUAUUGCAGCCAAUGAGGAAUGUUCAAUGUUGCGUAGUUCAAGGUUUAUUUUUUGAUUUUUGUUUUUUUAUUAUAGAAUAUGAAUAUUUUUGUUUUAUUGUCUUGUCAUAUGGCUGUUGUAGCUUGUUUUGCUUAUUUACUGAUUAAUUUUAGUAUAUUAUGUGUCAACUGAGACAUUGUCUAUGGUGACAAAAACUUUUAAUUCAAAAUUUUUUUCAAGUUACAAUAGCUUUUUUUAUAUCAAAAGUUACAAGUCUAGAACGUUCAUAUAUAUGUAUGUAUGUAUGUAUGUAUGUAUGUAUGUAUAGUAUUUCCAACUUUUGUUUACACUUGAAACAAUCUCAGAAUUUAAGCGGUCAACAUUUCAAAAAAUGUCCAUGGUCAGACUUGAUGCUUAGAAAUAAAUUAAUUAGAUUUGCAUUUGUUUGCCGAAAUAUCAGCCCAAUAAAUGUAAUAAACCCUAAAUUUUGUUUUUGGGAACAAAUCUGACUUAUAUAAUGUGUUUGACCAAAGAAUUUUUUGUCAUAAAGGGCCUAUGUGUAUAUGAACUCUAGGUGUUAGGAAGAUCAAUACUUGAUCAAUGUAAGAAUAUCUUAAUUAUAUUUAAAAAAUCGGUUCAGUUGUGAGACUAGUGUUACUUCGCGUCUUCUCUUAAGCUUGGUCUGUGAUAGUAGAGACUGGUAUGAGUAUGAGCUCUUGUUGGUAUCCCAUAUAGACAACUUCUGAUCCAUAGAAGGUAUUUAGUGAUAAGGCUGUUUCUAUAAUAAAGAUGUCUAACAUA